CAGCGAGCUCCGGUAGAGCCAGAACGACGGCGGAGAAAAUCACCACAGCAUUUCCAGCAGAGCGGCCUAAAAUGGCAGCCAUUCUCGGGCGCGCCGGCACCACCGCCACCGGCGGCUUCCGGCGGCACCAUCAAGAAACCAGCCGCGGCGGCCGUCGGCGAGAUGCGGUCGUCGUCGCGGCCGUGACCGGCGCCGCGCCGCAGGAGGGGUCGCUGGAGCGGCCGGCGUGGUCCGGGGAGACGCCGGUGUCGCGGCUCGUCGCCGCGCUCAUCGCCUUCAAGCCGCUCUACUCCCUCAUGAAGCUCGCCUCCCGCGAGGUCAUCAUCAGGACGGCGGAGAAGUCCAACAUCCCGUGGAGGGAGAUGACGAGGAAGGUGCUGGAGUCGGACGUGUACGAGGUGUUCGAGAGGAUACGAGACCCCAAUAUCAUCUACCCUGACUAUUAUCUGAGCCCAUUCCACGCCUAUGACGAAGGGAACCUAUCAUGGCUGGCUGCAGCUGAGGCUGAGGCUGCAACCUUGUCGAUUGCAAAGAGGGCCAUACCCGAGGCUACUUCGAUCGAAGAAGCGAACCAGAUUGUUCGGGGAAACUGGAUGAAUGCAAUUGAGGAGCAUCACCUCAAGUACUCAGGGGAAAACUGCCAGAUCAAUGACAUUUUGGACAUUGGCUGCUCUGUUGGAGUGAGCACCAGAUACCUGGCUGAAAGGUUUCCUUCGGCUAAGGCUGUUGGACUAGAUCUAUCGCCCUACUUCCUGGCCGUGGCAGCACAGAAGGAAGAACAACUGUGUCGGCAAAACCCUAUUCGUUGGGUUCAUGCAAACGGUGAAGCGACUGGGUUGCCACCGAAUUCAUUCGACGUCGUCUCCCUUGCUUAUGUGUGCCACGAGUGUCCAGCAGGAGCAAUAAUCGGAUUAGCCAAGGAAGCAUUCAGAUUACUUCGUCCAGGAGGAACCAUCGCCUUAACCGACAACUCACCCAAAUCAAAAGUACUCCAGGAAUUAUCACCCGUUCUGUUCACUCUGAUGAAGAGCACCGAACCGUUCCUGGACGAGUACUACAUGCUGGAUCUGGAGGAGGCGCUGAGCCAAGCAGGCUUCGUCAAUGUGUGCUCCGUGCUGACAGACCCCAGGCACAGAACGGUCACUGCCACUGUGCCCUAUUGACUGCAUCACCAUGGUUCACCAAUGCACAGUUUUGUGUUGUAAACAGUCACAAAAGCUUAGUAACUUGGGAGCCAUUUGCAUUCAGGAAGAAAAUGAUCCUGCAACUUACCUACAGAAAUGCGAUGUACUUCCUCCGUUAGUGAUCUAAACGCUCUUAUAUUUCUUUA